UUUCUUUGAGGGAACUGUUAGUUCUGCAGUGUGUGCUGGCUCCUUCCUUGAAACACACUUUGCUUGGCUAUCUCUGCAGAAGUUGUGGUAUUUCUCAACCAAAAUGCAUGUUAAGAAUAGUGUUGGAAAUUAACCAACUGAAACCAACUAAAACUGCACAGUUGACCAGUAUAAGGCACUGGGUAAUCAGCAGUAAUAAGUAGGAUGGCUUCCAUUCUCUGGUGACAUUUUAGCCCAAGUGAUGAGCAAGAUGGACUGAUUCAUCAUCAAAGCUUUGGAGUCCUGAAACCCUGCCUGGCUCAAGUGUUGGAUCACUCAGACAUCCACGGAGGACUGGGAUCUUCUCACCGCUUCUGCUGGCACUUUCUGGGUAGAUAAGGCACUGGGCUGAACUUUCAAGAUGGAGUCCGGAGGGGGAAAUCCCACCGAUGACAUAGAUGCCAUGUUCAGUGAUCUCUUAGGGGAGAUGGACUUGCUGACACAGAGUCUAGGGGUAGAGACUCUUCCAUCUCCAACUCCUUCGAGUUCCAGUCAGAACACGGAUUUCCAAUUCUCGUUUGGCUUUUCAGACGUGAAAGAGUCUCUCAAUUCAUUGGAAGACACGGACUUUGAUGCCUUAAUGGCAGAUUUAAUGGCGGACAUUGACCAGACUGAGGAAAUCUGUAACGCAAAAGCAACAAGCGCUGCAUCGCAAACCCUUGCAGCUCCAGAGCCUCAGAGGACCUCUGAUAUGUCAUGCUUCCCUGCACAACCAGUGCAUAACCAGAGACCUCCUGAAAUCCUAAAGAAGUGUGCAAACCCUCCCGCUUUAGCCUGUCUGGAAUUCCCACCACCACCUACUGAACCUCCGGAACCACUGACAGAGGAAGAGAAAGAGGCCAGAGCGAAAGCAGACAAGAUCAAACUCGCCUUGGAAAAGCUGAAGGAAGCCAAGGUCAAAAAGCUGGUCGUCAAGGUCCUGAUGAACGAUAAGAGCAGUAAAACGCUGAUGGUUGAUGAAACACAAACUGUCCGUGAGAUCUUGGAUAACUUGUUUGAAAAGUCUCAUUGCGACUGUAAUGUGGACUGGUGCCUGUAUGAAGUCAAUCCGGAUUUACAGAUUGAGAGAUUUUUAGAAGAUGAUGAGAACAUGGUGGAGACGCUCUCCCUCUGGAUGCGAGACAGCGAAAACAAGCUCCUGUUUGUCGAGCAGAAGGAGAAGUACGCAGUCUUUAAAAAUCCUCAGAAUUUCUUCAUUGCAAAGAAGAAAGACGAAGGGAAGGACAUGAAGGAGAAAAGGAAGGAGGCUUUACUGGAGGAAUGUUUCUGUGGCACAUCUAUCAUCGUCCCAGAUCUUGAAAGUGCUCUGUUUGUGAAAGAAGAUGGGAAGAAGUCAUGGAAACGUCGGUACUUCCUCCUGCGAGCUUCUGGAAUUUAUUACGUUCCCAAGGGCAAGACUAAGACGUCUUCUGACCUGAUUUGCUUCAUCCAGUUUGAGAACGUGAAUGUUUAUUAUGGAAUGCAAUACAAGGCAAAGUACAAAGCCCCAACUGAUUACUGCUUCGUGCUUAAGCACCCCCAGAUUCAGAAGGAGUCACAGUAUAUCAAGUACCUGUGCUGUGAUGACCGCUGGAAUCUACAACAGUGGGUAACUGGGAUACGAAUAGCUAAGUAUGGCAAGACAUUAUACAAUAAUCAUAAAAUAGCGUUGCAAAAGGCUGGUCUGGCAUCUCAAUGGAUAAAUCUUACAAACAUCGAAUCUAACAAUACUGCAAGCACCAUAGCAGCUUCUCCUCAGCCAAAUGGACAAGCCAAGCAAAUGGUGAACCAGGUCAGCUCCGUGAUCCCUGAUACCUGGAAACGCACGGAGGGAAAGAAGACAUAUGAUGAUGAUGAGCCAGUUCUCCCACCACCUCCUCCUCCUCCACUUGAGUAUGAAGAAACCUUGGAAUUCAGAGAAGGGGACCUGCCACCUCCCCCUCCAUCGUUUGAACUUCCUCCUGUGUCAGCGCCAACCUCCAGAGAGUACAACCCUCCAUGCUCACCGACUAGGCCGGUUCCAUGUAUGCUGUUGGCUCCUACCUCAACCAAACCAAAGGAUCCGGGCAAGAAAAUACCCCCAAUUCCCCCGAAACGCUUGUCCUUUGUGGAGCCGCCUCCUGAUUUUUUGCCACCCCCUCCCCCUUGCUUUAAUAGCAGUUCUGCCGCAGCGUCCAUUCCUCCCCCACCUCCACCUCCUCCUCCGCCUUCCUCCAACCCGUCUCUCUCCAAACAGCCCAACACAGGUCUGAGUAAACCAGCCAUUCCGAAAAGGAUUGAGAAUAAAUCUGCCCUGCCUCCCAGAGGCGGGCCCAUAGGCCAGCCAGAUAUAAUGUCAGAUCUCAUGAAAGUCCUGCAGAAAAAAAAGGCUGCACUGGGGGAAUAAACUAUUGUCUACUUUUACAAAUUGCUCUGGGUCAAAUACUUGUGUCCGUUUUUAAAUUACAGCAUUUACAACAUUAAACAUUUUACAAAAAAAAAGGGUUACAAUAACUGCCCCAAUGACCUAGUGGGAAAAGGGAAUGCACAUUGCAGCACUAAGCACUAAGGUCAUAGGAAUAGGCCAUUCAGCCCCUUGAGCCUGUUGUGCCAUUCUAUCAGAUCAUAAAACCUCAAUUCCAAUUGCCCCAUAUCCCCUCACAGCCUUACCUAAUAAAAAUCUGUUUGUGCUUGUUUAUACAAGUCACAGAAACCAAUUGUAAGCUUAACCAAAAGCUCAGUGAGCAAAUAUACGGCUCGGUGUGCUAAGACCAGGAAGGUCCCAGAUUUAAUUAUAUCUGUCACAUUGAGAAUGGGAUUUUAUCACUUACUGGAUCCCCACUCUAUCUCGCUGGGGAGGGUGAAAUCUGCUAGGAAAUGCACAAACUAUGGAUUUGGUGUGAGAAUGAAUGAGGCGCAGCAACUUUGACUGUAAA